CAUAGCCAAACACGUGUUGAAAAUGGCCUCCAUCACACCAUUUGCGAUCUCGGACAACAGUCAAUAUAGCAUUUAUUCGAGUCCCGAUGGGGUGUUGAAACUGUGGGAAGCAGACAAUGGGGUCUUAAAGCAAGAAUAUACACCCAGUGCACACUUGUCAGCGACGUGCACAUGUCUUUCAUGGGGACCAAAAAGAAACCUGGACACUCCAGGACGAAAGAAAAGAAGAAAAUCAGGUGGUACAGCUGUUACAGAACAAUAUGAUUUAAUUGCAGUGGGAACGACAGCAGGAAGCAUCCUUAUAUACAGCAUUGUAAAAGGAGAUGUCAAAACCAUUAUGGAAGAGGGUCAUGCAGACACUGUCAAUGAUGUGUGCUGGCACCCAGAAAACAACACAGUUAUCAGUUGUUCUUGUGACAGACAUAUCAUCCAGUGGAAUGUCAAAUCUGGAAAAGCCAAACACAAAUGGAAAGGUGACAGUGGAAGCAUACAUUCUAUUUGUCUCUGUGCACAGAAUCACCUUUUGUCAUCAGGAAGAUCAAUCAAACUGUGGGAUCUAGAAAAUUAUAGUGUACUAAAGAAAUUUACUGGUCAUGCUACAGAGGUGUUCAGAUUACUUCCCAUACUCCCGAGUCGGACAGAACUGCCGGAAAGUCCAGAAGGAACAUAUUUCUUAUCAGCAGCCCUGAAUGACAGACUUGUGAAUGUUUGGCAAGUAAACACUUCAGUGAAAGAUAAAAGUUCUAUAGCCUCAUUUUCACUCCCAGAGGAACCAGUUAUGUUAGAUUUACAGAAAAUACAGGAAGAGGUGGUAUUGGCUGCUGUGACAAGAAGUGGACAAGUGCUGGUAUUUGACCAUACAAUGAAUGGAAAAGUGAAAAAACCUAUUAAACCAAAAGUGACCAUCCAGAUAGCCUCAUCAGGGGGCAGAGAUUCCAUUCCAAAACCAAUUCAGAUACUAGCCACUCAUCUGUGUGAGGACCAGCGCCUUCUGUUGGUAUACGGAAAUUACCUCAAACCUGUGUUUGAAAAAGUGGUCUUGGAUAUGUCAAGUUCCGAUAUGUGUUUAAUACGAGAUGAACCUGUGUUAUCCUCUAUGAAAAAGCAGGCUGAUGUGUCAAAGUUAAAGACACCAGCUGUUUCCAGUGAUGUAACUGUGCUUGCUCCUGAAAACACUGUCGCCAGUGGACCCUCGUUGAAGGAAAAGAGGAAAAGAAAACCAUCUGUUUCAGAUAUGAACAUGGAAGAGAGGCUGAAUGCCAUCAGUAUAAAUAAACCAGAGACCUCCAAGGAACCCCCUAAAGCCGACACACUAGUGAGACUGCUGACCCAGGGUCUACAAAGUGAAGACAAAAACAUUCUUAAAAGUGUCCUGGGAAGGCCCACCAGUGACACCAUUAUAACCAACACCAUCAAGAUGCUCCCAGUUCAGGCGAUUGUUCCUCUAGUUAAAGAACUGACAAGUUGUGUGUCAGGACCAUCUGAAAAAGGUGGUUUAUAUGUGAAAUGGUUAAAGACUCUGCUUACUGUUCACACAUCUUACUUGAUUACGUUUCCUGACAUGGUAAAUAAUCUGAGUGUCUUGUAUCAGUCUAUGGAUUCACGGACCAGAUUAGUGGACCGCUUGUCAAAACUGAAAGGAAAACUAGAGCUGAUGUUAUCACAGAUUGCAAGCCAAGCUCAGCAAGAGGAAGAUGUCACCCCAGAUCAACGACCACUUCUUAUGUAUCAGGAAGAGUCGUCAGAUGAAGAUAUGGCUAUCGACAAUUUAAUGCCAGAGAGAUCAGACACUGAGGACUUUGAUGAUUUAUUUCUAUCGGAUACGGAGGGGGCCACAGAUCACGCUCAAGUAAACGGCACCGAGGAGGAGGAGGGAGAGGAGGACAUGGAGUCUGACUGAGAGCAGACAACCAGGAUAGCCUUCAUUCAUUGGAUAACAGGAAUGGUCAUUGUUCAUUGGAUGACAGGAAUGGCCAUUGUUCUUUGGUGCUCAUUUGUCUGGUCAAACCAGUCUAAAUUUUAUUGCAUGACUUCUGUCUGUGAUCCUUUUUGCUGGAAUAAAAUGACUUUAAUUGAGCUGAAAAUUGAUUAUUUAUUCAUCCCUGAGAGAAUAAAAAAGUGCUCGUGCUCUACAUGUCAGUAAACGAUAAAUUGCUGCAAGCAGUGCAUGGUGAAGAUAAAACUCUGAGAACUCUGAAGAUAAAACUCUGAGAACUGAUUGACAGUAUGUUCCUUCAUCCUCAGUUAAUAUAUGAUAUGUGUACAAUAUGACAUGUAUGGUGUAUGGUGGUGGAAUGUAAUGCAGAGGAACAGUUCAGUAGUUACAAAAGCCUGCAUUCAUCCACCACUCUUGGUUGUAGAUAUCAAAUUGUUGAUAUUUUCAUAAAACUGUUACUGAUUAUAUUAAAGAAAUACAACUAUAUGAAUAAAAUAUGAAAAAAAUGUUAACAUUAUAU